GUGACAUUUGAAGAGGCAAGAUAACCCAGUAACUGAGUUAUGUAUAAAGUAAAGACAUGUUUUUGAUUUCGACUUGUUUUUCUGAAUUGGUUUGAAGAUAUCAUGUUAGAUUGUUUCCAUGUAAUGAAGAAUUGAUACAGCAAGAAAACAUAUUGAUUAUUAAUAAUCACAGGGAAAAAAGCAUAUAUUAAUAGGCGCAAAACUUCAAAUGUUACCAUAGAGCAAACGUACAGUUGUACCUAAAAUCAACGUCAAGGUUUUAUUCUCCACGGAGCGAAUUCUCACGCAAGUGACGUCAGCAGGUGUGACUCAAAUGAACGUCAGUGUUUAAAUCCCUCUGCUCGCGCGCAGAUAUUAUUAGAUUGUAUGUCAGAAAAUGUUGUAUUAUCCAACCCACAUAGUUGUGAGGAGGUUUAACCUACUGUAUCAGACUCGACUAAAAAUCAGCUUUGCAAAGAAAAAAUUAUAGAAAUUCUACAGUAAAUAUAACUCUUAACAUCUGUAGUAUUCAGAAGCAUGUUUUCUUAAAAUAGACAUGAAACAGACUAAAAGGAAUUGGAAACCCACAAAUGUGCCAUUUACAAUUGAGUUUUUGCCAUAGUCCGGUGGCCGGUGCUCCAAACGGUCACGUUUUCGGUCUGUGGGCAUGUUAGGGGGACGAAUGUGACAGAUUAGAGAGGCGGGGACAGAACACGCGGUCCACCAAUCAGGGGCAGUUACUAGGCGGGUCUGAGAUCGCGUUCGACCAAUCACAGCCGUCCCACCUGACGACCGUCAAUCAGCUGAGUUAUUUUCCCGUUGAUUCUAGAGUAGAAGAGAGUUCUCUUCUCGCGCCCGCGUAGAGACGCGAUCGGUCGCGUAGUUUUGCCAAAAUAAUGUUCAGACUUUGGACCAGAAGCUCAACGCGAAGUUCAGCGACCGAUUUAAACAACCGUGCAUACUAUUUUUAUCAAUCAAGAGAAUGUAGCGGUCAUUCGAGGAUCCUGGGUAAAUUAAUUUCGUAGUUCCAUGUAGACAGGGCUCGCACUUUACCAAGUAACGUUACGAACUAGCUAGCUGGCUAAUUCAUGGGGCAUCACCGCGGAGGCUAGCGGUGAGCGUUCACGUCUUGCGAGAGUAGUUGGUUGUAAUAAACGCUAAACAACGAAGCAACUGGUUGAGCCAAACAUAAUGGUAUGGGUCAAAGGGACAUCAUCACAGCGUCCGAGGCGUCCAUGAAAAGAAAAAACGGAAUUCCCACUGUCUCAAUGUGUCGACUGGAUGUGGAGUCCGCUGUUGUGAAGAAGGAAGUUGAGCCCGGCGGAGGAGAUGGUGCCCUUUCCUCGUCAAGGUACAUGUUGGGCCGGGGGGUGAAACGUAAGCUGAGCACAUGCAAGGACCCUGCCCAGGACUUGCCAUAUCCUCAGCAGAGGCAGCUGGUGCUGGACUUGUGUCUAGACAAGCUACAAAGCUGCCAGCGGCGAGCUGAACCCAGCCUGCACCGUUCAGUCCUGCUGGCCAACACCCUCCGCCAGAUUCAGCAGGAAAUGAGACAGGAGGGGGAAACCUGUUUGCCCCCAGCCCCGCUCGGCCCCUCCCUCCCUCACGCCUCCACCCCACGCCACUUCCCUGACCUGCCACCUGUGCCCUUAGACUGUCCUCCACCUUUAACCGGAGCACUGUCCCCUUCAUUCCCCCUCACAAUGGCUGAGGAUGAGGAGGUCCAGUUUGGUUGCAGCGUAAAUGAGACUUUCUUGCCAUCCCUGGCUGGUGAGGAUGACACAAGGUCAUCAGAUUCACUCUUUGGCUCAUUUGAGAUUACCAAUUCCACCAGCUACUUGACAGACUUGGCUUUGGAUGACAUCUUUGAUGACAUUGACACGUCGAUGUACGACUCUGACAUUUCUGUCCUAGCGUUUCCUGUGCAGAGAAGCAGCGGGGUGGACGAUGACCUCAAGAGCCUUUCCAGCUGCACCUCCAACAACAGCCUACAGCUCUGUCUCUCAGACAUCAACGACCUGGACCACAUCAUGGAGAUCCUUGUGCGCUCCUGAAUCACGGCUCGCUCCACAGUGUCCUCAUUCAGCCAUCCCAGUGUUUUCUAUGGGAAAUGAAUAAUACGAUGUUUUCUUUUUUAAAAACAAACACAAAUAUUUUGUCUAUUUUUAUACAAAGGACUGAUAUAUUUAUAUAUGAAAAAAGGAAACUGCCUGACACACUCUCACUGUAGGAUAAAUGCACAUUUUUAAGACUUUUUUAGAUGGUCCAGCUUAAGGUGCCAUCCUUCAUAUUUAAGCAAACUAGGAUAUGAAUGUGCAGGGACUUCGGAAACAAAUACAAAGUAUUACCAUUGACGCUUAUUUAUAUUGGAUAGUUGUAUUUAAAAGAAGAUGGAAGAAAAGUGGUUCGUUAUGGAUGCUCCGUAGCUUUUGAUGAGCUAAAAGACAUUUAUUUUUUUUUGAACUUCACUGUAUUCUGAAGCAUUACAUUUUAACUGUCAGUAAUUAUGAUUAUCAGAUCAUGUCAUGCACAUGCAGCACUCACACUACCUCUCAAGAUACCAAGAGCUCUUUCUCUGUACAAAGACUGUCAUUGUUACAACUGUAUUUUAAUGGUUUCUCUCCAAUAACUUUCAAAACUGCUGAUUGUUUUAUAUAUGGCUCUCUGUUCACAGGAAAGCCUCUCCUCAAAUGUUAGGAUUCAGUCCAAAGCUAUAUAGCUGUAGAAGAAAGCCUUUUGUCUCAAUCUUUCUAUUCAAAAUGUUCUUUUCGAAAUGUUUCUUACUUUGGUUUCAGAACGAGCGAUCUAUAUUUUCGAAUCACUUGGAAUUUAAUGCUAUUUCUACUUUUCACGUACAUGAUUGUUAGACACACAGCCACCGUCGAAUCCCUCGUAUGAACAUAGUGCCUACAACGGAGAAUGAAGACUGCCGACGAUGAACUGCACACUGUGGACCCGCACAUAGACUUGCCCGAGUUUCCUGCUCUAUGCCCAUGAUGCUCUCUGAGUGGGUUGUUUGCCACUUUUUUGAGCAUUUAGCAUGAUCCUCUGUCCUCUAAAGAAACCAUUACCUGAAUGUGGGACCACAUCUCUCUGCUCUCGCAUUGUGAUCUACACUGUAAAAAACUCAUUGUGGAUGUCUAUGGUUGCCUCUCAUGCUGUGGUCUCAAAGACUAUUUCUGAAUGUCCAAGCUUACUCGAGUGGAGCAGAGAUUAAUCCUAUCUGAUGUCUUACCUGCUUACUUUUUUCCCUUCAGCACAAGCUUUUAGCCAUUUCAACCACAACUUAGUUAUUAGUUACUACUUAAACUUGUGAAAUGGUAGACCAGUGCAAGGCUCUUAGUUUUUGACCUGUAUUAACAUCCACCGAACAUCAAGUUGCUGCAAUCGAAUGCGAAAAAGCCACAAACUGCAGUCUCCAUUAAGACAGAUACAGGGGGAAGGGAAGAACCAGAGAGCAAGAUUAAGGGGGGGAGUUAAAGCAAACAGCUCCUGUCACGUGGAGAGCUGUGCUAGUGGUGAACGCUACAGAGAGAGUUUGACAACAGUUGGUAUGUGUGCUAGCUCACAGCAAGCUCCACCCCCAGUGAGGCCCCAAGGGGCUUUGAUGUCCUCCCAACCAAUCAUUUUUGUUUAAGGGAGGAGCUUUGUUCUCUCUUUGCUUUAUGUGGAAUAGAAUAACAAGUGGAAGUGGUUCAAUUUGGUCUGUUAGCUCAUGGUGGAAUGCCUUCCCUUGCCUAUAGAUAGCUCACUUUGAUCAUUAGUGGCUUGAGACAUUUUACGGUCUGAAUUUGAGUUAAAGUUAGACAUUCCAGCUAAUAUACACGAGAUAUUUAUAUAAUAAUAAUAAUAAUAAUAAUAAUAAUAAAACUAAUUACAGAGUUUGAGGUUGCAGCAGAGAAGGGCUUUUAGUUUUUUGGUUGCAACUGAUGCGCUCGUACACCUUUAAACUCAGGCUUGCAGAUGCCCCACCCUGCCUUUCCCGCUCACAAGACACAUGCACCGCCACAGAGAAAAUCUGACACUAAAGAAGUUUACACUCAGAUUUUAGGAAACCUGCUCGUGUAAGAUGGUAACCAUAAACCAGAGAGACACUUAAUGAUGAGACCAUCGGCGUCUGUUUUUAAUGCUGAAAGCUGUGGAUCUAAUAAAUGUGUAGCUUUUUAAGCUUUGUAAGCUUGAUCAGUUUGUUUCUUUUGCUUUUUGUGUUGUGUAUAUACAUUUGUAUUUAUAUAUUUUACUUGUGCUUUGAUGUUUUUUUUUGUUAUUGUUGACAGAAGAUCAUGAGAUAAUAUAUUGUUUUUAUUUAAGAGUGAGAUAUGAUCAGUAGACUUCGGUCUUUUGGAGGUUUUAUUUGUUUUUUGAAGUGUGAUUUGUACUUCACCUCCUCUUCUUAGUAAUAAUUAAUGUGUACAUUUAUGAUGCAGAAUUAUGAGAGAUGUUUAUCAGUGAAAUUAUUUGUAAAUGUUUCGAUCUGUGCUGACUCUGAACUGAAAGACAGUUGGAUCUUCACAGUGUGUUCACUUCUCUUUGGACCAGGCAGUUGUUUAGGCAGCUUUUUAACAGUUUUUAUGCUAAAGUGGUUAAUGAAGAGAGCUUUCAGUUGUCGGCCUCAUUUAAAUGUGAUGUCUCCCCUUGCUUGAAUUUCAGUCUUUUGAAGGACAUUUGUUUCACAAUAAUCAGCCCCAGGAGCUUCUGGUUAUAAACUAAUGUUCGUUACGCUUUAGUCUAGAAGCAUGUACUGCAGUAAUACACAGAGCAGCAGUGUAAAGUUGUUUACACUUUGUCAUAAACUUAUGAACGGAUUACUCAAUGUGUGUUACAUUUGAUGUACUGGUUGCACAGUGAAUACAAAAAGCAGCAAGAGUUUGUAUUACAUGGUCCUUCUCAUUGAUUGGUUGUGAGGCACAAAACAGCAAGCUUUAAACAUCACCUCAUCUUGUUAAUUUGGCCAUUUUUUAAAACUUUUUUUUUUUAAUUAUCCUAAUGAAAUUGUAAUAUCAGAAACCUCAAAAUGUCACUUUGUCCCAAGUGCAAUAUGAAAAUAGGAAAAUAAAGCGCUGUCUUGCCUAAUAGCAAAUGACACAAUGUAGUAUGCCUGUAUACCUUUGAAUAAAUGGCUAGAAGGAUUUUUUUUCUAACGAUGAUUUUAAACCUUACAUUUUCUUCUUUCCCUAGAAACUGACCUUUGAUCUGUUUUGACAGCAGAUUUUUGUGAGGUAUGUAAAUAAUACAGCAUAUUCUUUUGCAGUCAUAUUCUAUGCAAUACAUUGUAGCAGGUCAGUAUGUAUAAUAAAAAAUGGAAAUGAAAA